AUGGAUACGUUUAACCACUUUCGCAUCAAGCGCCGGGCGCGUAACAUCAGCCGACAGAGCAACGAGGGUUGGAAUCCAUUUCGACAUGUUUCUUGGCGGCUACAGAGAGCAGAGACUUUGGAUCUGGAGGCGCAACCCUACGCCGCAACCAGACCUCGCCCUUCCAUCCCUCGCUCUGCGGCCCCUCGCCCUUCAAACCCCCCUCACCCUACGACCUCUGGCCCUGGGGCCGCUCGCCCUCCAACGGCCCCUCCCGUCCUUGUGCCCUCCGGCCCUUCCUCUUCGUCCUUCGAUGUCAUCAGUCAUCAGGACAACAUACCUGAGAGUCCCCAUUGCGAAGAACAAGAUUCCAGGAGGCGACUGAGUGGAGAAGGCGAGGAGGAGCAAAUUGAGGGUAAUAGUGUAGACGAAGACUAUAACGACACCUCCCUCAUCGAUAUCGAUGGAAGAUCGCUUCGGAGGCGGCGGAGCGACUGUGACGAUACAGUUAACAGGACGCCCCGUUCGGACAAAACAGAGAACAUACCUCCAGUCGGCGGGUAUGAUCCAGUCGACGAGCAGGAGAUAAACACAAAGCUUGAAAAAGAGGGCUUCUUCCAACAUGUCAAACCUCAAGAGCCCUUCACCGUUGCGAACCAGCUUCAGCGAAUACUUUUCGAGAGCUGGUUGAACCUCCUUCUUCCACUGGCUCCUGCUGGGAUUGUUCUGCAUAUAGUCAGGGGCAACUCUAUUGAGACCUUCAUUGUCAAUUUCUUUGCAACUUUCCCCCUUCAAAACAUGGCUGCUCAGGGCCUUGACGAAAUACAGUUGCGACUCGGAAAGAUAUACGGUAAUUUGUUAUAUAUUACUACGUUUAAUUUAUUUCAGCUCAUAUCCUCCAUCUUGCUACUUGUUAAUAAAGAGAUUGUCAUCCUCCAGACCACCCUUAUCGGCGGCAUUCUCGCCAACAUUCUCCUCAUCCUCGGCCUCAGCUUUAUAGCAGGAGGGCUCCGCCGCCCAGAGCAGUUUUACAACAUCACGACCGCCCACGUUUCAUCAAACCUCUUAUCCCUAUCUGCAACAAGCCUUCUGAUACCGACUGCAUCCAAACUGCUCGGCCAGACUUCAGACGAAAAUCUAGCCAAGCAGUCCCGGGGAGCAUCUGUCCUCUUGAUACUCGUCUAUGUUCUCUUUCUAGUGUAUCAGUUGAAAACCCAUCACAACGUCUUUUCUGAGGAAUCUCAGAAGGUGCCAGCGAAAUCAUGGGGGAACCACGAUCCAAACGUGAAACUCGCCUUGAUAGUCCCGACUGCCCUGGCGUUAAAUGGCAUCGUAGAACCGCACAUGGAAAAUUCGAAUGCCGAAAAAGAUGUUGGCGAAGAUGAGAACCCACAGUUAUAUUUGCCAGUGGCCAUUUUUCUCUUCCUCACUUCCAACGUUGCACUGUUCUUUCUCGUCGAUUACGUCGUCAACAGCAUCAAUGGUCUUGCGACGACUGCUCAGCUCUCCAGGACGUUUAUUGGUCUGAUCCUGCUUCCAAUCCCGAAUUGCGAUCCAUAUGCCAUCUACUUGGCUAUAAAAGACGAAGUUGAUCACGUCAUUACUUGUACGAUUGGCAAAUGCAUACAGACAGCCCUGUGUAUCACGCCUUUUAUUACUUUGUUGGCUUGGUGGCUCGACAUUCAGGGCGUCACUCUUGUAUUUGACGGAUUUGAGAUUGUGAGCUUGUUUGCAGCGAUAUUGUUGCUGAAUUUUGUUGUCUCGCCAGGAAAAGACCACUGGUAA